AUGGAGGCCGCACGCCCCCCGGCGCCGGGACUGGGCUGCGGUUGCCCCCCGCCGCACGCCGCCAGCUGGGCCCCUGCGGCCGUCUCAGGCCCCUCAGCCCAGCGGGACGAGGCGCCCAGGCUACGGCCGGAGGGGGCGGUCCCGAUCGCUGCGCCCAGGACGGGGCCCGCGCUGCCGCCGCAGGGACCUGCCGUGGGUGAUGGCUUCGCGGGUCUGGAGUUGGCGCUGCCGCCGGAGGCGCGGGCCUUGGACCUGUGGGUCCCGGGGAGCUGGGUGGGGGUGGCGCCGGGGCCCCAGUCGGCGCACAUCCCGGUGCCCGUGCAGAGAUCCCCUCCGGGAAGAGUGCGGCUGGAUGAGGUCAUGGCCGCAACAGCCCUCACGAGCCUGUCCACCAGUCCCCUCCUGCUGGGGGCCCCGGCUGCAGCCUUCAGUUCAGAGCCCAGCUUGGAGCCCUGGCCAGAGAACCUGGGCCAGCUGCCGGACAGCUACGAUGGCAGCAGCAACCACAGUGGAGAUUGGGACUUGGCCAGCUACCCGGCAUCCCCGUCCACUCCGUCGCCCCCACUGCCCCUGGAGGCAGCCCACUUCCUGUUUGGGGAGCCAACUCCGAGGAAGAGGAAGAACUCGGCCCAAGUCAUGUUCCAAUGUCUGUGGAAGAGCUGUGGGAAGGUGCUGAGCUCGGCCUCCGGGAUGCAGAGACACAUCCGCGUGGUGCAUCUGGGGCGCCAGGCGGAGCCUGAGCAAAGCGAUGGUGAGGAAGACUUUUACUACACGGAGCUGGACAUUGGGGUGGACGCGCUGUCCGAUGGGCUGUCCAGUCUUACCCCAGUGUCUCCCACGGCCUCCUUGCCGCCCGUCUUUCCCCGCCUGGAUCUGCCUGAGCCCUCAGCCCUGCCCCCAACCCCGAUACUGAGCCAGGUGGUCUCGGGACAGGUGUGCCACAUCCACAGUGACCAUGCUUACCAGGGCUGCCUGGACCCCAUGCACCUGGAACCGCAGCCCCCCACUGUCAGGGCCUGCUUCACACCAGCCCUACCCUCCAAGCUGGCUGCCAACCCCAGGAAGCCUCGAGGUGAUGCCAAGAAAUGCCGGAAGGUGUACGGCAUGGACCACAGAGAGCUGUGGUGCAUGGCAUGUCGCUGGAAGAAGGCUUGCCAACGCUUCCUGGACUGA